AUGGAUGCUACAAAUCUUCGAUACGAUGUGGAAUACAAACAAAUGCUGGACUCGAUGCCCGCCGGACCGCAGCAUCCUCUGGAAACUAUAGGCGAAGUCCGGACCUUCUUUGAGAAUCUUUACGGGUCGAGCUUCGCUGCCAUGCCGGUGGCUGAAGACAUCAAGUUUACAAGUAAUGAAGUUCCUACUUACGACGGUGCCGAUAUCAAAGUGUACAAAGUUUCAAGCGACAAAACCGCCUCUGCCUCGGGCCCUCAACCUGCUGUGCUCUACUUUCAUGGCGGAGGCAUGAUGUGUGGUUGCACGAACAUCUUGAAGCCCCUCAUUGCGCAUUACGUCUCACAAUCGGGGGUCACGUUCUAUUCUGUCGACUAUCGCCUCGCGCCCGAGCACCCUGCUCCUGCUGCCAUAGAAGAUGCAUACGCGGCCCUCAAGUUCUUAGUUGAUCACGACGCAGAGUACAACAUCGACGCCGCUCGCAUCUGUCUCAUGGGAGAUUCAGCUGGCGGCCUUGUCGCGACGGGUUGCGCAAUGAUGGCGCGCGAUAGGGACCUGGAACCACGGGUUGCUAUGCACCUCCUAGUGUAUCCCAUGUUGGAUGACCGUACAACGCUAUCAGAGGAUGACCCGUUGUGGCCAUUCCUGAGCUACAAGCCAUUCUUCAACACUAGAUCUUGGAAGGCCUAUCUGAAAGAUGGAGUGGUGUCCGGGCAUAGCGUGCCUGCGCGCCAACAAGAUUUGGGUGGGAUGCCGCGAACCUACAUUGAGGUAGGAAGCCUGGACCUGUUCCUAGGGGAGAAUCUUACUUAUGCGUCGAGACUGGCCAAGGCCGGGGUGGAAGUUGAGUUGCACGUUUGGCCUGGUCUUCCUCAUGGCUUUGAUCUGGCAUUUGGGUUAAAUGUCACGAAAAAGGCCCUUGAAAGUCGAAUCAAUGCGUUGAAGAGGUUGUAG